AUUCGGCGGCCGUAGCUGCUCUUAAACCCCACACCACACGCGGGCGAGCUGCAGAGAGAGGGUCGACCGGCAAAAAUGGCAGGCUACUCGUCGCUCCACGCUGUCGUCCCGGCGCUGCUGCUCCUCGUCCUCCUCGCGCCUGCGCCGGCAGCGGCAUCCUCCAGGCGCCCCACCCACCAUACUCCUCCUUUCCCAGGAGCAGGACUCGCUCCCCUGCAGCAGCAGCAGCACUCGAACGGCAGGUACGCCGCCGCCGCCGCCGCCGUCACGGCCUCCGCCGCGGCGGCGAAGCCGUUCACUGCGCACUACUUCCAGCAGGAGCUGGACCACUUCACCUUCACGCCCAACGCCUCCAACCUCUUCUCCCAAAAGUACCUCCUCAACGACACCUUCUGGCGCCGGAAGCCCGCCGCCGGGCCGCUGUUCGUGUACACCGGCAACGAGGGCGACAUCGAGUGGUUCGCCACCAACACCGGCUUCUUGUUCGACAUCGCGCCCGACUUCGGCGCCCUCCUCGUCUUCAUCGAGCAUCGGUUCUACGGGGAGUCGAAGCCGUUCGGGAACGACUCGUACAAGUCGGCCGACACGCUGGGGUACCUGACGUCCACGCAGGCGCUAGCCGACUUCGCCGUCCUCAUCACCAGCCUCAAGCACAACCUCUCCACCGUCGACGCCCCCGUCGUCGUCUUCGGCGGCUCCUACGGCGGCAUGCUGGCUUCGUGGUUCAGGCUCAAGUACCCCCAUGUCGCCAUGGGAGCAGUCGCGUCCUCUGCACCGAUCCUGCAGUUCGACGACAUCACCCCGUGGUCUAGCUUCUACGACACUGUCUCACAGGACUUCAAGUCUGAGAGCUUAAAUUGCUUCAGUGUCAUCAAGGCGGCCUGGGAUGUGCUAGAUGACAGGGGAUCCAACCACACAGGCCUCUUGGAGCUCAGCAAAACCUUCAGGGCCUGCAAGACCGUAAAGUCCGCUGAUUCGCUGGGCGACUGGCUAAGUACAGCAUUCACCUACACAGCCAUGGUGGACUAUCCAACCCCAGCCAAUUUCAUGAUGAAUCUACCUGCUUACCCUGUGAAGGAGAUGUGCAAGAUCAUUGAUUCUUUUCCCACGGGAGCAGACAUCAUCGACAAAGCUUUCGCUGCGGCGAGCCUGUACUACAAUUACACAGGCGACCAAAAAUGCUUCCAGGUGGAGGGUGACGAUGACCCUCAUGGCCUCGACGGCUGGGACUGGCAGGCCUGCACAGAGAUGGUCAUGCCGAUGAUAGUGUCUAAUGAGAGCAUGUUCCCACCGUCCAGUUUCAGUUACGAGAAUAAUUCCGACGCCUGCCUCGCGGACUACGGAGUUCGUCCGAGGAUGAACUGGAUCACUACUGAAUAUGGUGGUCAUAAAAUUGACAAGGUUCUCAAGAGAUUUGGGAGCAACAUCAUAUUCUCCAACGGGAUGCGAGACCCGUGGAGUCGAGGCGGGGUGCUCAAGAACAUAUCAUCCAGCAUCAUUGCUCUAGUCACAGAGAAAGGGGCCCAUCAUUUGGACUUCAGAUCUGAAACCAAGGAUGAUCCAGACUGGGUUGUUGAACAAAGGAGACAGGAAGUUGAGAUCAUACAUGGAUGGAUAGAUCAGUAUAACAAGGACAUUGCACAGAUGUAGUAGUAAGAAGGCACCAUUGAUUUUCACAGUCAAGGAAGAUUAAUGUGGCUGAAUGUGAAAUAUAAGGAUUUUCCUUUGUUCUACAGGGCAAUAAGCACCAAUGUCAGUGGUGAAUUUACUAAAGGAUGAUGACUAUGAUAGGUCGGUGUUUGCUUCGUAAUAGCAGAGAUUAGAUAUCUUCCUUCUCUUUGUAAAACUUAUAUUAUUUGUUAUAAACAUGGCCAAAACAAUGUACCGGACUAUUUGGCAAACUUUCAUAGAGCCGAAAAGAGAACUGUAGUGUGGCUGGGCUGAACUUAGCAAAGUUGAUCGUA